AUGGCUUCUGAGAGUAUUGAAGAGAGAUUCAAGAAUCACCAAGACCAAAUUCAGAAACGUACAGUGGAAGCAUACAGAGGGCAGGUAUCCCCAGCUGAGAGAAUGGUCAGACGUAGUCGCUUAGACUUUAAAGUUGGUGAACCUGGUGGCAAUGUUGCUGUCCCAAUGCCGGCUGUGAAUCGUGGUAGAGGAGACCAACGGAAUAUCCUGGGUGUUAUUGUCAGCAGAGAUUUGGACAAUGGCCAGUAUAAAAUCGCUGUGAAGUCGGAUGUUCUAAAGGGUCAGUAUUCUAGAAAACAGUUUGACCUCUGCCCCCAGCGUUUGCUGAUAGAAGAUGACAUAAAUCAGGAUACUGCAGUGUCACUUCGAGCUGUUAUUGCACAAUCUGUAUGUGGUGAUCAGGAAUUUACUAGAUGCAACUGUAGUGGUCUGAAGAAAUGUUCAACUAACAGAUGUAACAGUUUCAAAACUAAAGUGAAAUGUAACUCUCGGUGCCAUGGAAGUGUCACCUGUGCUAAUAAAUGCUCAUUGUUGAAUAACCGUCGGGUAUCCAGUUAG